AUGCAAGAUGAAGACGCCACAUUGCAAGAAGCCCAUCAUUCGGCAAAUGAGCGAAUCGAGCCACAGCGGCGACUCAGACGAAGAAAAACCACUAUCCAAGAAGAGCAAGAAAAUGAAAAUAGAUCAAUCAAUGGUAAGAAUGGCUGCUCUCUGAGCCAAAUACCACAAUUCAAGCUCAAGGUCAAUACACAGAAAGACGCGCCAGAAGCUGAAUCUACUGGAAUUAAAAUAUUUUCCACUAACGACGGCGACAAGUACAUUGAUUUGGGAAAGAAAAAACGCGCUACAGUUAGAGCAUUCAAAGGGACCGUCUUGCUCGACAUACGAGAAUUUUACGAGGCGGGAGGCGAGGAGAAACCGGGCAAGAAGGGCAUAUCUCUCACUAUAGAACAAGUAGGACAUCGACAUCCAUUCUCCCCAGGGCUCUCUGAUCUCAUUUAUUCAGUGGGAAACAUUGAAGCAGGGUAUGAACGUGGUUGA